GCUCCAUAUGCCAGGAGAAAGUGAACGAUCAUCGCAGUCUCCGCUCGCUGUCUCUCUAAAACUCAAUCUAGAGGAGGCGGAACUGACUGCGCUUUACACCAAAUCAAUUGAGCGACAUAUACCAGCCAUGCUGCCCAGUCUGGUGCUCUGUGUCCUGGAGGAAACCUUAUAAUCUUCGCGUCUCUCAGCACAUUCACAUUAUGAUCGCGAACAGUAGAAGUGUAUCGAAGAGGAUGGAGAUCCUGCGCGCAGCAUCAGUCUCUCUGGCUUGGUGAAACGCACGGUGCAGUGGAGGAGCCAUACGGCAUCGACGUGAGUGUGUAUGUGUGUGUAUGCUGCACAGUGGGAUGUCCUCAAAUCUACCCAAAGUGCUAUUACUGGGGGCCAUCGCAGCGGCCUCUGCCUUUGUGGUCACCAUCCUUAUCGUAUUGGUGUGUGUGGGGUGUCAAAGAAAAAGCAAAAGCAAGCAUGGCCACUCGAACGGAGGGGGUCAGAAAGCCGAAACAGCUUCUCUGCGCCAGUCCAAGCUGAAGUCCAUGAGCAAAUCUGACACCCGCCUGCAUGACAUGCACCGGCUGUCCUGCAAUGCUAAUGGCACUCCCAGAAGUCGUCCAGCCAGCAUGGACCUCUUGCUCCUGCACACCCGCCGCUCCAAUUCUGACCUCCGACCCGGGGGCUCCGGUCACCAGCAGCCUAGCGCGGCCAGCGGCUCUCAGAGCGAACGUGAGCACACCUACUCUGAAGUCGGUCGCCGAUCCUCUCCGACGAUCCACCCCGCAGACGACGGGUUGUACGAGAGCGUCGGGAUAAAGGGCGCGGGAUCUGAUGCUGGUGCACCACCCUCCAUCCCUCCCCAGACAUCGUCCAACGGACCCACCCCAUGCUCUGCCAACAGUCCGUCGGUCAACAGUAACGGGCGAGGGAGAAGGGGUGUGAGCGGCACGAAUCCGGAGGUGACGGCAGAGUACGCCUCCAUACGGAAGGUGAAGAAGCUGGAGCGCAGCAGGAGAGAGGAAGUGCUGGAUGAUGGAGAGAGGGAGCAGCAUAGCGUUUCCAGUACUGAGUCAUCCAGUGGGACGCUGCACAGGAAAACAGUGGAACCAUUUCAUCUGACCAAUUUCCCAAAGGAGGCAGUCUUCAUGGGCAACGGCGAGCAGUACAUUUGGAAACCACCAGAAGAAGAUGAAAUCAUCGUGCCAGGAGUUCCUCCUAUAGAGAACGGCCACAGUCAUCCCACUGCCGUGGAGAUCUCUGACAUGUACUCCACUGUUUGUAAGACCCUAAAGAGGAGACAUCAGCAGGGCCAGAGCCAAGAGGAUAGCAGGCCGACGGGCUCUGCUCUGCCCCAAGAGGUGGAACAGGGCUCCGAGGGGUGGCCUGCUGCCGGUGCAUCAGGGGAAGAGACGUGGGGGAGGAGUUGCACCCAGGAGGAGCCUUGCUAUGAACCGGUGGGCGAGAAGACGUGGCCGCGGGGCAUGGCGUUAGAUUCGGACCCAGCCUAUGCCACCAUCGAUUCCCACCGUAAACGAGAGAAGCUGGCCAGCAACACACUGAAACUUAAAAAGAAGGCCGGGGGUCCGGCACAGGGUCCGGGGAGAGCCAUGACCUGCGAGAACUUUUAUGAGAAUAUCAGUGACUUGAAGGAAGGAGCAAGCGUGGCCAGCACCACCACUAUCUUUACCUUUAAUGACGGCAUGGAAAUGUACGUUACGGGUCUAUAAAAACUCUGAAGCGGAGGGAAUAAAAUGCAGCCCUUUUGGUCUGUCACAUGAAAACAUACCAACAGCGUACAGCUGCCAAAAAUGCACGCCAACGUAUAUAGUUUUUUAAAACAAGAUGUACAUUUAUUGUUACCUUAGGAGAGGACAAUCAGUUGCAAACACUCACAUUGGAUAAAACACUGAAUUGGUUGCGCAGUUUAUAGAGAACAGGUGUGCUCACAAAACCCAGGGAUCUAAAGUGGUUUUACGCCAUGCUGCAGUCCCUAAUUUUAAAGCUGGUUUAUAGCAGGGUCACAAUGAACAAGACUGAAAAUAUGAAUUCACUAGAGCACAGGAGAGUAACUAGUAAAUAGUUAUGAUAGUCUGAUUAUAUAUGAAAUCAGGAUUAACAUGCUGCCUCCCCAUCUUUUCAACCAAUCAGCACCACCGCUGUGUGAGCACAUAAACACAGGGAUCACAUGAGACAUCAGCUUAACUCCUCUCUGCUCUGAAAACACACCUGACUGGUUCUCUUAAAGGGAUAGUUCACCCAAAAAUAAUACUUUUUUUUCAUUGUUUACUCACACAUGUUGUUCAAAACCUCUUUCAGUUUCUUUAUGAUGUUGAACACAAAAGAAGAUAUUUUGAUAAAUGAUAGUAAUGAUACCCAUUGUUUUCCAAAAUAUUUGUUUUUCCUACUAUUGAAUUCAAUGGGUACCGUCAGCUGUUUGCUUUCCAUCAUUUAUUAAAAUAUCUUCUUUUGUGUUUAAAGAGCACCUAUUGUCCGAUUCACGAUUUUACAUUUCUUUUGGUGUGUAAGUGUGUAUUAGUACAUGUUAACGAUAUGCAAAAGUUACAAACCCCAAAGUAAACCAUGACGUAAGUUAUUUUCUCCAACGUAAAUCUCUUUUCUUGGACUACAACAAACACAUGGAUUGUAGGCAACAGUUUACUUCCUGGGAUUGGUGAUGUAGACAAGACCGACAUUAUCAUAAUUCCUCAAACUUUUGACUCACAGCCUGUAAGUUAACUCCUGUUAGCAUUGCAUUGUGAGUAAAUCUUUCAAACAUGGUAAGGAGCGUCACAUUUCCUGCUGACAUCAGAGGUAUUCAAGCCAAUCACAACGUACAGAUUAGCUGGCCAAUCAGGGACACAGAGCUUUUCAAAUCCGUGUGUUUCAGGAAGAGAGUAAAAUCUGGAGCUGCAAAAAUGUACGGUAUGUGGAAAAUAAUGUGUUUUUUAACCAUAAACCACGUGAACACAUUGUAUUAUACCAAAUACACAAUUAGCAAUGUUUUUUUAGCAAUGAAAUAGGUGCUCUUUAACAAAAUAAAAACUCAUUCAGGUGGUGAUGAUGAAAUUAUGACAAAAUUAUUAUUAUUGGGUGAACUAUCCCUUUAACCUAAGAUUGCCGGCCACUGUUAGUUUAGCUAAAACAACAGAAUACUGGGUUAACUUCCGAACCCAAACACCCUAACACACAUAUCUGAACCUUUAUAUGUUCGCUGUGACAGCUUAGGUGGUGUAGAUACAGUUUGUGUGAUCAUUUUCGGUACGUACAUAACCUUGAGGUAGGCCCAAUUUGUUUUUCACUUUUUAUGCACUGAUCUAGUGAAAAAAAGGGAUAGUUCACCCAAAAAUAAAAAUUUUGUACUCACUUACGUACUCUUGGUGUUUUAUACCGAGCCCCUAAGGUGACAUUGGAGUAAAAAAAAUCAAAAGUUUAGUUUCAUUUGCUCACGCAAAACCUUCAUGUGCAGAAUUUUUUUUAAGUUUAGUUUUGCGUGCUCACAUGAAACUAUCGCGCAUUCACGUGAAACUAUCGCACGCUCACGUGAAACUAUCGCGCACGCACAUGAAACUUUUGCUUUUAUGUGCUCGCGCGAUAGUUUCACGUGAGCACGCGAUAGUUUCACUUGAGCACACGAUAGCUUCACGUGCUCGCGCGAUAGCUUCACGCGAAACUAAAUUCUGCACAUGAAGGUUUUGCGUGAGCACAUGAAAGUUUCACGUGAGCACAUGAAACUAAACUUUAUUUAAUUUUUGCUCCAUGUCCCCUCAGGGGCUCCGUAGUUUUAAACCUGUAUGAGUUUAUUUAAUCUUUUGAAUACAAAAGAAGAUAUUUUGAUAAAUACACAGUUCGUGGCACUCAUUCACUUCCAUAGUAGGAAAAAAUUGUUUUUAUGUUAAACAGAAUAAAGAGACUCAUACAGGACAACAUGAAGGUGAGUAAAUGAUGACAGAAUAUAAAUUUUUGGGUGAACUAUCCCUUUAACAUAGUGAAAUGAGGUGAACACUGCAAAAAAAUGACUUUCUUACUUAGUAUUUUAUUUCACGUGAGCGCGCAAUAUUUUCACGUGAGCUUGCGAUAGUUUCACGUGAGCACGCGAAACUAAACUUUAAAAUAAAAUCUGCACAUGAAGGUUUCGCGUGAGCACAUGAAAGUUUCACGUGAGCACGUGAAACUAAACUUUA